AAUCGUACUGGACAUUGGCUCACUUUGCCUAAUGGAAUGGGACUGAAAAGAAUGCUUGCUCUUCUCCUUCUCGUCUUAGCUUUCUUGCAAAGUGAAGUGGUGGUCGGUCAGAUUGCCUUUCCCCCUUAUUCCACUCAGUACCCAUAUCCUUGGCUUCCUUCGACUUAUCCGUGUUACCCGAUUUGUAACAAUUGUGGUGGAUGCAACAUAAUAAUUAUAAAUAGUACGAGCUCUAUUACCGUUCCUCCUCCGAUCGUUUUGCCUCCGAUCACCGCUCCACCGACGAUGCCGCCGACAACGAUGCCACCUACGACUCCGCCACCCACAAAGCCACCAACAACUCUUCCACCGACCAUGCCACCAACGCUGCCCCCGACAACUAUUCCACCUACCAAACCACCAACCGAGCCACCGACGACCAUUCCACCUACUACGCCACCCACCAAGCCACCGACGACUAUUCCACCUACUACGCCACCCACCGAGCCACCGACGACUAUUCCACCUACUAUGCCUCCCACCGAGCCACCGACGACUAUUCCACCUACUAUGCCUCCCACCGAGCCACCAACUGUACCCCCUACGACACCUCCUCCUACGACUACAACCAGCACCCCUACUACGACAACAACACAAACAACUACAACGACAACCCCAACUACAACAACUCCCCCACCAACGACUACAACAGAAAUGCCUAUCACCACGACCACUACAUCCACGAGAAAACCGACAAAGAAAAUAACAACAACUACAACUACAACAUGGUACAUUUAUCCAUCUUGGUGUGGUAAUUGGUGUAAUACUUAUUUUGCAAGGAAGAACGUUGCUAGAAAGUGCAUACUUCUAGUCUGGCUGGGUUUGUGAAAAAAAGAGGCGUAUAUCGCUUCACAAACGACUUAUACACGAACCGACAAAAGUUAAAUGUUUAUAAUAAUAAUUGUAUAUUUUAUUG